UGGACUUCCCGCCAUCCAGAACUCCGUCCACCACCGUCUCCUGGAGUUUGCUGAAAUUUAUGUCCUUUGAGUCAGUGAUGCUCUCUAACCAUCUCAUCCUCUGCCAGUCCCUUCUCUUAGGUGGGACCAAAAAUAAAUAAAUAAAACAGCUAAAAACUGGGAAUGCAGCCAGGCAAUGACUGAGGUUCGGGAAACUGAGACCUGGAAGAGAUGGUUCCCAGCCUCGUCCCAGGGGAGGAAGCUGCUGAGCUUGGAAGAAACUGUGUGUUUGGUAGAAGGCCUGCCUCCCAGCCACCGGACUGCAAUCCUGUUGACAUAAACCCGUCGAUCAAAGCAAUCCCCCAACUGCUCCAGGCCAGUUCCUGUGGCUCCUGGUGGAAUUCACUCAGCAGAUCCGGAUCUGGUAAAUAUAAAAGGUCUGGUCCUUGGGUGCGGACCCGCAUUCUGGACAAGGCUGCUGAAAACAGCUUCCUCUGCCAGUGCUGAGCCAGGCACCAUGGCAGCAGUCACGGCCCCCUCAGAAGACACCAGAGACCCGAGUGCCCACCCCGGGGGCCUUGAGACGAACCUGGAGACCAGCUCAGAAAAAUUCCCGGCUGAGUGGACGAACACGCGAACCACUGGAGCCGGCCCCGUGCUGCGCCAGCACGAACCUCCAGCCCUCUGCUCCCUUCCAAGUGGAAGGCCGGCGCGCCGGCAGAAGGCCGUCCCCGGAGCCCACCUGACCUUCGUCAUCGACUGUGCGCGAGGGAAGCAGAUCUCCCUGGCAGCACCCCCAGGGCCACCCCGCACCCCUGGUCCCAACCCGGGACCUGCCGUCCCUCUGAUGAAGACCUACAUCUUGUUAUGCGGAGAAAAGCAGUCCCCCAACCUGACUCCGGAGGCUCCGCUAGGUGGGGGGGGCCUUGCCCAGGCCGGGGGGCCUUGCCGAGGGACUACGGCCCCAGCUUCCCCCCCAGCCAGCCCCGAAGGCCUUGCGGAGGCUCCUGAAGCCAAGGGGAGCCCCGUGAAGGCCGUGUCCUCGAGGUCCUCCGCGUGGGGAACGGUCAUCGGCUCCCUCAAGGCCCUCUCCUCCUGCGUCUGCGCACAGGCUGAUUGACUGCAGGAGCCUGGCCCUGGCGGAGAGGGUCAGGGGUCCGUGCACGAUUCCCAGCGUCCACUCCCGCUUCCCCAGCUGAGCAGAAGGCUUUUGUACCUGAGCCAGGGAAGGAGAGUUAGAUCCUAAAGGACAUCUGAAACAGCACCAAGUAUCCUCCUUCCUUCCUCUGCAUCUUUGCUAGCCUUUCAGCGGCAGCAGGAUAAGGCGCCGCCACGUAGAAUGAGGCUGACUCAGUCACACAGCACACUCUAACACAGCAUCUCCCAACUGCCAGCUCUGCACAGCGCUGGAAAAGACACUGCAGCUUUCUUGGAGUUUGUAAGCUUGAGGGUGGGGGAGAAAGGUUAAACAACCGAAUAAAGACUAUCCGAACAGUGUAA